CUGAGGAAAUAUAUAGAAUGAAAUACCAUGCACACAGGCAAUUUUUUUGUGUGUAAAAUACUUGGGCAGUAAGGUUUUUUUUUUUGUUCUUAUUCUGACAGCUGUUAGACUUUGUAGUAGUGUUUGGAGAUUCAUGUUAUUAUUGAUUAGGGUAAUGGAGUAAAUCUACAUAAAUUUAAUCACUGUCUGGAGUGUGCUCAGUGAUGAAAUAAUACAGAAUUAAUUACAUUUGGAAACCCUUGCCGUUCCUGCAAUGUUAUCAUUAAGUAAUUGAAUCUAGAAAGAAUUUAAGUGCCAGAAACAUUAAGGUUUUGCAAGUGGCUGGCUUAUUCCUGAAGCUGAAUGGUUUUUAUUUGGGAUAAAAUCAGUGAAUGAAAGACAAAACAAGAAACACCAUUUCUGUAAGGUGAUUGAUGUUGCUGAGACCUCUGGAUGGUGCUAAUCUCGGCAGGAGUAACACUGCACAUAAUUAGACAACUUUUAUUGAUCGGGGUUUCCUUGGCUAGUCCAAGCAAUCAAGACAUGUUUUAUGAUGCACACACAACAAAACACAAUGGUAAUAUAUAAAUGGGGAUGGGAUGUACCAAAUCACCCUACACAAACAACUUUCAGCUUUUCUACAGUUCAGAAUAUUUUCUGGUCAUGUGAGCAGUGAUAAAGGGAAGAGGAAAACUUGGACAUGGAAGUUUAAUGUAUUGAACUGUGGGAAGACCUAUGGCUGUGUCAUAAUAGGACAAUAAUAGUCCCAUAGAUAAACAGUCAAGAUAGGUGAUGAGAUUUAUUGUUGAUGUCUAAAAGGAUGAUUGAUGCAAAUGGACUUUUAUAUGUAUUAAGAUGGAGCUGAUCAUCUUCAUAUGGUGAUGAAGUCAGAGUCUAAGCUGUUUUCCCCAACUGGAACCCCAGACAAAACCAGUGCCAAAUUGUCGAAGAGGGAGUCCUUAAAGGUUCAGAAAAAAAAUUAUAGGAGUCAGAAGAAGCAGGCAGCCAAGGAACUGCAGAGCACGCUGACUGACUCCUCUGUGGUUGUACUCGCUGACUGGCUGAAAGUUAGAGGCACGCUCAAAAGCUGGACCAAGUUAUGGUGUGUUCUGAAGCCUGGACUACUGGUGCUGUACAAAAGUGAGAAACAGAAGAGCAGUCAUUGGGUUGGCACUGUCCUGCUUAACACAUGCAGAAUUAUUGAGAGACCAUCCAAAAAAGAUGGUUUCUGUUUCAAAUUAUUCCAUCCACUUGACCAGUCCAUAUGGGCAACUAAGGGACCUAAAGGGGAGACAAUUGGGGCCAUUGUACAGCCCUUACCAUAUUCCUACCUUAUUUUCAGGGCAAUGUCAGAAUCAGCAGGAAAAUGCUGGAUGGAUGCACUUGAUCUUGCUCUUCGUUGUACCAGUCUGUUGGUACGCUCCAUGAAGAAAGAUGCAGAAUCCACACAUACAGCUGUUGACCUUUCCCAGGAUGCAAUGUUGACCCCUCAGUUUCCAGCAGAUCACAGUGAACAAAUGAAUGAAAGUGACUGUGAAAAGCACUUUGAGGGACAAGGCUUGGAUGAAGACAGCAAGACAGAUCGGGAAGAGUUGAAGACAGACACUGAGACUGAAUCGGAGGAGGAGGAAGUUAAAGUGUUUGAUGACCAUGGACCUCCAGCAGAGACCAAGUAUAUAGAAAAUGCUAAAGAGGAACUGGGACAGCAAGGUGAUUCAUCUCAGACAGAGGAAGUAGAUGAUGAAAACAAAAGCCUGAUAUGGACACUUGUCAAACAGGUUCGACCAGGAAUGGAUUUAUCUAAAGUGGUUCUCCCUACCUUCAUAUUGGAGCCUCGGUCUUUCCUGGACAAACUCAGUGAUUAUUACUACCACUCGGACAUUCUAUCAGAAGCUGUGUUAUUAGAUGAUCCCUAUGCCAGACUGAAGGCUGUGGUGCGAUGGUACCUCUCAGGAUUUUACAAAAAACCGAAGGGUCUCAAGAAGCCAUAUAACCCAAUCAUUGGAGAGACAUUUAGGUGUUACUGGAAGCACCCUAAAACCAACAGUAGAACAUUUUAUAUCGCUGAACAGAUCUCCCAUCAUCCCCCUGUAUCCGCCUUUCAUAUCACGAAUCGUCAGGAUGGAUUCAACAUAAGUGGCAGCAUUCUGGCUAAAUCAAAAUUUUAUGGCAAUUCACUAUCAGCAAUAUUAGAUGGUACAGCUAAACUGACUUUCCUUAAGAGGGGAGAGGACUACUUAAUCACCAUGCCUUAUGCACAUUGUAAAGGAAUCUUAAUUGGGACAUUAACGAUGGAAAUGGGAGGUAAAAUUUCCAUAAGCUGUCCUAAGACUGGCUACAAGGCAGAAGUUGAUUUUAAACUAAAGCCUUUCUUAAAUAUGGGUGAAGCCUCCAAUAAAAUAACAGGGAAACUAAAAGUGGGAACUGAUACUCUAGCAACGCUGGAGGGCCACUGGGACCAAGAAAUUUACAUAAAGGACAAAAUCACAGGGGAAACCCAUUUGUUUUGGAGUCCGACAUUAGAGGUACGGACUCAAAGACUGAGAAGAUUCACUGUACCUGUAGACCACCAAGAGGACAUGGAAUCAGAGAGAUUGUGGAAAUAUGUGAGUGAUGCAGUACGUAUUUCUGACAUGCACGCAGCGACUCAGGAGAAGUACAUUCUCGAGGAGCGCCAGAGGAACGAAGCAAAGGAGAGGAAAGCCAAAAUGCUGGAGUGGAUUCCCAGGUUGUUCGAAAGGGACCCUCUCACUGGAGACUGGAUGUAUAAGUUUGUUGACAUGCGUCCUUGGGAUUCCAGCAAUGAUUUACUGCAGUAUGAACAAGGCUACAAAAUCCAAACCUGGACUCGACACAGGACUCCAGUAGUCCGGACAUGCAGUAUCACCAGUCUGGAACAAAAACCAGAUACAUAUCCUGUCAGAAAAAUAGUGUCGCGGAACUGUUCGUUGAAAAACAAAACACUACAUGUUGUCGAAGAAAGUGAGAGUUCUACACCUGAAAUUGAGAACGGCAGACAAGACAGUGAUUCAUCAGAGCCGAACAAAAGUCGUAGGACACAGAAAUCCUCUUCCAGAGUGCGGUUGUCAGAGGAGGCCUUGGGGAAAGCAAUACAACCUUUAAUUAAACUACAGGAGGAAACAAAUGAAUCAUUAAAAGUAAUACAGACUCGUCUCACUUUACUGUCUUCACGCAUUGAGGAGCAACAACAAGAAAACUUAUCUAUAUGGCCUUGGCUGAUAUUAAUUGCAGCAUUUGUGAUUCAAAUCUUUGUUCAGUGGUUCUUCAGGUGAAAGAGGAGACGCUCAUAGUUGCUGUUGAAAUAAUUCUUUUGUACGAGUGUUGCAAACAUUAUGUUCUCUCACAUUUCUAUUUCUUCUUACUACUUUUGUAUAUGUGAAUUAAUUUUUUGGAACAUAAAAAGUACAAAAAAUGAAAUAACUAUCUUUCCAUUUUAGCUGAACCAUGUUAUUCAACUAUAUAUAUCCAUUACUUUAAGUAUAAGCUUUACUUGAAAAAGUUUAAUGCUGCACAAUUAAAUCAAAUGUGUAAGAAUUUCCAAAAAGGAAACUUAGUGCCUAUACAUGUUAAAUUUAUUAUCUGAUAUGAAAUUAGAUCUGAUAAAUAUUGCUAUUCCGUGUAUCAGUGUAGGGACCUGGUGCAAUAAUCAAAGUAUUUACAAUUUGAUAGAUUAUUGGAUAAGACAUAUGAUGCAAUUGAUGACUUUGCUGCAAUGUUAUUGUGUUCAAUAUAUUUAUUAUGUUAUAUUAGUUGAUACAUGUACCCUGAAUUUUUUAAAUAAGUCACUCAUGAUAGGAAGCCCAUUAUUUUUGAUUUUUCAAGGACUAAUACUUAAAUGUAUGCCUCAAAUCUGAACAAGUCACUUAUGAUAAGAGCCUCUGAUUUCAUUUAGACCAACUAGUAUACGAACAUUUCUUUUUUUUCCCGACUUUGCUGCUCUUAAAAGUAUAAACUUCCAUUCUUUCUUUCAUCAGUACUAAGAUUUGAAUAAAUUGUGACUUAUUUCAGAAAUUUUAUGAUAUUAAUGAAUUCAGCAGAAUUAGUCGUGCAAUACCACUGUAUGCCAAUACAACUAUUACACGUUUAUAUUAUGUUUCAAUUUUAUGCUGCAAUUUAUACAGAAAUGCUAUUUACAUAUAUCACGCUUUAUUAUUUCUUGUACAAAAUAUUCUUUUUUUGUUUUAUGUUAUCUUUGAAUUGACAGAGUUUAAUGGUUUGGUCAGAAGUAUGACUUAUAGUUUAUUUUCUCUUUUUAUUUGUGUAAACAGUCUUGUUUUCUAUUUAAAAGUGUGUUAAAUGCUAAGAAUCAUUAAAGAAAAACAUGUACUGUUUAUGCACUGAUGAUUUUGAAGCGCAUACAGUAACUUUAUCGUUCUUGUGAAGAAAUCCAUUUAAAUUACAUAUUAUUUGUCUACGGCAUUCUAAGGGGAGUUAAAAUGUUCUCAUCAAAACUGGGAAGGGGUUGUUGUAACCUCUCUCUCUAGACCUGCCAAUCAAAGCUAGGACGGGGGUUGUUGUAACCUCUUUAGACCUGCCAUUGCAUACAUUUUGUUAUCUGUAUUGUUUAUCAGUACUUGUAUAUCAUAGAGUUGGUUAACAGGGACUUGGGCAUAUCGUACAUGGGUCCGCUAGAACUGUGAUGGUGUUGGGACACUCUCAGUUAUUGCAAGUGGCUCAUUUGACCUUUAUUAAGGUGUAUUUUAACAUGUAGAACCUGACUAUGUACACUGUGUGAUAUACAUGUAUAUGGAUUAUUUUUUAUUUUACUUUGGCCAGGUGCCAAACUGCAGUGAUUUAUUGUAUCAUUAAUGAUUAACUUUAAAUUCAUGCAGAUACAGUGAGAUUUUUUUUAAUAAGGAAUUUCUCGGGACACUUACAAAUGUACACUUCAUUCCCUGUAUUCAAAUUUAAAUGGGUACAUAAUAUUAAAUACUUCUUUUAAAAACUACUGGAGGUCAGAACAAGAAUUCGGCUGUAUGAAUAAACUGUGAAAUGAUAAUUGUAAGAUUGAAAAUGGGGAAGAAACAAAGUAUUUUAUGUAAACAAUAUAUUUUCAGAGAUUUGUGAAAGUAAUACUUGUAGCAAAAUUUAUGUUCGAAUUAUGUCUUAUAAGCAAGUUUUUUCUGAAACCAAAUUCCUUAUAAACGAGUUUUACUGUAAUGUACAAUUAAAAAAAUGGAAACUCA